AUGAGCGAGCUACAGUUUAUCGUUGAGCACUUAAACAAGAAACCAUUUUGUUUAGGCUUGACGCUGGUGGCCUUUGACGAAAAAAGCAACUUCGAGCUGCUGCAAAUUACACACGAGGUCUUUGUCGAGAUUGAUCCAACACGUCACUCAGGCGUGGAUUUGCGAGCAGAGGCUGAUGAGUCACGAGCUCAACGCUAUCUAGAGUUUUUGCAAUUACUCAAAUUUCCAUUACCUCGAGACAUUAAUGGAUUUCGAGAGGCUUUGGCCCAUGGCGAUCGACAGACCAUCGAUACGUUACUGUACUGGGCACUCAAGAGUCUACCAGCGCAUCAGAAACGAGCGUAUCUCGGUCGAUUCUUAGCUCCUCUUAAUGUUCCACAAGAGCAUUUUGGAGAUGGGUCCUUAAAAGCCAUGUACGAGAAUUAUCAACAACUACAGGACAAGUUUAAGGUCGUACACAAGGAGGCGGAUCAGUUGAGGACUUCUAAAUCUCGCCCUGGGGAACUCCGGCGUGAAAUUUCUCAAUUGGAAGAAGAAUCUCAGCAACUUACGGAAAAGAUUGCAAAUCUAAAAAAAAAGACCACUUCGAAUUCAGGAUUCCAGGAGAUAUUGGCUGCAACAAGUGCACUGCGAAAAGAACAGGAAGAGCAAGCAAAAUUAGCUGAACGGAAGCGCGACCAGAUGCUGUCACUGUCGCUUGCUGAGAAACGUGCACAAGAAGCGGAAGCUCGACUACAAGAUCUUCGUGCUUCAUUAUCACAGAAUGCAACACCAGAGCAGCUCUUUGAGCGUCUGCAAUCACAAGUCGCUCGAAACAAGGAAAUUCUCUCCAUUAAGUUUCCAACCGAAUUCAAAACGAAGCAAGAGACAUUACAACGACUUGAACGAACACUUAGCGAGCCUCGGAAGACAGAACAGGACAUUGACGAUAUGGAAGACAAUGUGCAGACUUUGAAACGUGCAAUUCAAAACUACCAGACUCAGAUAGCUGACGCCCAAAUGGCCCAAAAUAAUGGAGAGGAAGACAAACUUGCUGUUUUUAGGCAACACGCAAGUCUUCAGGCUCGCAAAUUGGCCGAUAAAGAGGGAGAACUUGAAGAACAACGAGUUGAGCUAGAGCGACAUAAGCGUAGCAUUGAAAUUUGUGAAGCUAAGUUAGCCUCUCUUUCCGGGACCAAGUUUAUGAAUCGGGACGAAUUCAAACAGUACGCGACAACUCUACGCAACAAGACCAAUCAGUACAAAAAGGUCAAAGCUGAAUUGGCCGAGCUUGCUGCGGAGAGUGUGGUGCUACAUCGCACCGAGCAGCUACUUAAAAGCAAAGACGCAGACCUGGAAGGGUUCUUACGUGACCUUGAACGCCAAAAGGGAGUCAGCGGUUUUUUUUCGACUCAGGAGAAAAUUGACGAUGUCUCUGUGCAGAAUGCAAGAGUGAAUGCACUGAAAGGUGAAACGCUUGAAGAGAUUUCACGCGUUGUCACGAAUAUUAAUCAGGCUUUAAAAGAGCGCAAGAACCAGUUAGCGCCACAAAUUAAAGAGUUACGCACCGUUCGUCAACGCUACCAAGAGAUGGAACAGAUUUAUCUAGAGCGUAAGUCUCAAUAUGAUCAAACAGCCGUCGGGCUAGAAGCUGAGCGAUUAAAGCUUGAGCAAGAGUGUGCUGCCUUUCAGGAAGACGCACUACGUGAAGAAUCACACUACCAUCUUCUGCAUUGCCAGCUCGAGUUGCAGCAAGGAAAAGCAAACAAAGUUGCUCAUGAAGUCGAAUUUGAACAAGGCACAUCGAAUACCCGUCUGCUUCGAGAUAUUCGUUCAUUUCAAGAGCUGUACAAACACAAAGUGGCGCAACAGGAAUCACUGACAAAAGAGCUGCGUAAACAACAAAAAACACUCAAAAGUUCUGCACCUGCCAAAAAACAACAAAAAGAAAUGUUUGAAGGUUUGUAUCAGCUACUUGCAUGUAAAGCUCGUCUCGCUCAACAAGAUUCAUCGAGUGCUGGAAAAUUUAACAGAAACUCUGGAAGUACAGGACAUGAUGUUUAUGACAGUUAUAAUGACAUAAGAAACUACCAUGUCGGUGGAGCCAACGUCAUGACACUUAUUGCUGAAUAG